AGACGCACCGCUAGCCAAGUAACUGGCAGGCAGAGGUCAGUUACCCCCAUUCAUCAUUCAAAAUUUCAAUUCUAGCUAAUCCUUGUAUGUUGAAGUCUUGUCUAGAAAUGAUAGUGACUAUUUGUUUACAUCGUUAGUCCAGUUUCUUAUCCGAUUGGUUUGUGUUACCGCACGACAUUCCCGUGCAUGGAGAGAGCAGUGUGCCAAACUGUAUUGAAAAAAAAACCCCGGCAACUUAAUCUUCCUGCUUAAGGGCCAACGCAUUAAGAAUGAAGAACCUGGUGGUGUUUGACUUUGACCACACUGUCGUUGAUGACAACAGUGACACGUGGGUGAUUAGGUGUCUUCCAGAUCAGAGACUUCCGGAUUCGCUGAAGAAUUCCUACAGAAAAGGCCACUGGACUGAGUUCAUGGGCCGAGUGAUGAACUACAUAGGAGAGCAGGAGGUCAGCCCCGACAGCGUCCGCACAGUGAUGGAGACCAUCCCCUUCACUGCUGGAAUGACAGAUUUGUUGACGUUCAUAUCGGAGCACAAAAGCAACAUCGACUGCAUAGUCAUCUCAGACUCCAACACCAUAUUUAUAGAGUGGAUCCUGCACGCUGCAGGAGUCCAGUCUGCUGUUGAUCGAGUUUUUACCAACCCGGCUAAGUUCAAUGAAAGUGGGUACAUGGAGGUUCAGUGCUAUCACUCUCAUGAAUGUGCCCGCUGUCCCGUCAACCUCUGCAAGAAAAAAGUCCUGGAGAUUUACUUGUCGGAGCAGUCGGAGGCAGGUGUGGAAUAUCAGCGCAUGUUUUAUGUGGGAGAUGGUGGGAACGAUCUCUGCCCCACCUCCUGUCUGAGAGGACAUGAUGUUGUGAUGCCCAGGAAAGGCUACACACUGGAGAAACUGCUGGCCAAACUGGAAGGUCAAGAGGAUGACACUAGUUUGAGAGCUCGGGUUGUUGCCUGGAGCAGUGGCAGUGAAAUCCUGCAGGAACUACAAGCAAGCCUGCAGUCAUAGUCGAGGCUUGAUUGACUUGUCAGUCCUAAAUGAAAUGAGGGAGUCUGCACUUCAGGAGGCACAGUACUCCUCACUGUAAUUGUUUAAAAGUUUUAUGUGUUAUAAGUUAAUGCAGUUAAUUUUAAACCACCAGAUUUUAUCUGACAAGGAUUAUUAUUAUUAUAAAAUAUGUAACUUGAAUGAUCAAAUUAUGCUCUUUCAUCUAUGAAUCUUUGAGAACAGAUUGUGUUUGGGCAUUUAAUUCCUCUCUUAUCUUUUAUAAUCCACAUUACUAAACUGAAACUGCUAAAAGUGUGAUUGGACUUUCAGGAUUUAAUUUGAGUCAGAGUUUGAGGUAGAGGUAGGAAUUUUUUGAAAAACAUCACACAAAGUUUAUGUCUACGUUUACAUGUGCAAAGUAUUUUGGUCAGUGGCGUACAUCUUAGUUGAUAAUAAAAUCGAUUUGUACAGAGGCUUGACUUUUCAAAGCACUUUACAGUUUAUAUGCACCAUUAUGCUACUGUAGGAUAUCCAUGCAUUCAUGAAACUAUCAAUAAAUUGAAUUUCCUCCUUUACCACAGGUUUCUUGGACCAGCUUACAUUUUUUUAACACUUAUAUAAAUUGUAUUUUGACAACCAAGAAUCACUUCCAUUGUAUCUCCACAGAACAUUAAAGUUACUCAGAACGCCAGACAUGA